AAAAAUGCAAGAUUCUUUUAGGUGAGAGAAAAGGUUAGCAGAGCAAGAGAUCGACUUUGAUCGAUCUUGCAGCUAUUUUUUAACCAAAGAGACUCAGUCCUAUCUUCUUCACAUGAGUCAUUCAGGAGUGUAUUCUUUUUAUUACAGUCCAUAUGAUUUGUAUAAACCUAAGCAAGUGCAACUGUGACGGAUGGAAAAAGGUGUAGAGAAAAAAGACAAAAGAGAUAUAAAGAAGUUCUUGAAGAAGGUUCAUUCCUCAACUAUCGAUACUUUUACUCUUGAGUCUAAUCUAUGUCUUAUGGGUACUAAAUUUUAGCUUAAGCCCUCUCCUGUCGCAUGUGAUGACUAAGAUUCAGAUUAUUGAGUUCUUAGUGUUAAAGAAAACCUUUGCGAAACUUCUUCUAAAUUGCGAUAGAGUCCAGACACUUAGUUUCUCACAAUGCUUAUUUGACAUAUGUGCUGUUACCUUCAAUACAGUUAAAAGAGCCAGUAAGAUGGAAAAGCUAAGAGUGAGUUGUAUUACUAAUAAACACGGGGCAUUGCUAUCUGAUGAAUCUGCUGAGCUAGAUAUACUAUUUCAGAACAUACGAGCUUGCUUUGGAACUAAAAGGUUUUGUUUCAUUUAUCUCAAUAUGGCAUGCACCUUGGAAGGAGUCAACAAGAUAAUUGAUAAGUAUGAACUAGAAGAUAUUCAUCUGGAUGUUGUUUAGAGUCCUGAAAUAAACGACUUAUGAUUUUUUGGAAUUUAUUUAGAACUCUUGCUGUAGAAACUUUGAGAGAAAUUUGAAUGGUAAAUACAAUAUUAAUUCCAAAUAUCUUGA